AUGGAGUAUCUCAUGAUUCGUGAUUUUGAGUAUAAUCCUGAAACACAAGAGACCCGGAAGCAGGAGCUUGAAAAACUUACACAAGACCAGGAAACAUUUAGAACCUCUAUGUUGCAAUGGUGCUAUACCAGUUAUGGAGAGGUUUUCAGCUCCUGGAUGCACUUCUGUGCUGUACGCGUCUUCACUGAAAGCAUUCUGCGAUAUGGUUUGCCACCGUCAUUUUUGUCUGUUGUGUUGUCUCCAUCCAUGAAAAGUGAGAAGAAAGUUCGUUCGAUUUUUGAGGGACUCUGCGAUAAUUCAAAAUGUACUUACUGGAAAAGUGAGGAAGACGGAGGAGGAAUGGGAAGCUUUGCAGCUGAUACGGAUGCACAUCCUUAUGUCUCCUUCACAAUAAAUCUUAUUUAA